AUGAGUCGAUCCCUCACCGCAGUCCAAGACGACGAAUACUUUCCGUCGUUCCUAACGGCUCUGCCAUCGGCGCCCAAGACAAACGAGGCCCAGGAAAGCGCUCCCCGAUCCCGCUCGGAAUCCGAUGUGCUCUCGUCCAAAGCCAAACAGCGACUGAGCUUUGCCGAGAGCUUAUCGAUGAACCGAAACCUCCAGCAGAGCGUCCAAGUGCCGGAGGACUCGCCGUUUGCUUGUGGCGGCAGCUACGAGAACCAGUUGGGUGCGCGUCGACGCAAAAACGCGCCAUCACAUCGUGCGACGGACGGGACGGAUGCGCUGGACGAAGACGCACCGCCUCCACCGACGGCGUCGCUGCUGGAUCCUGUUGGCUUUGCUGCAGCAUCUCACAGUAUGGACGACGAUGGAGCUGCAGCAACGGCCGAUGCCCGACGUCGGGCUGCAGCAGUGAGGUCGUCGUACUACCCGAACGUCCACAGCGAGGAGUGGGGACACGACAAACAGUAUUGGGUCACAGUGUUUGGAUUCCCACCAAGUGCGCGAUCGUUCAUCCUGCACCAGUUUCAGUCGGUUGGUGAAGUUGUGAACUACUCGAGUAGCACCGGUGGCAAUUGGCUGCAUCUGCGCUAUUACACUCGACUACAGGCGGAGAAGGCGCUCAGCUACGACGGACGCACGCUCGCGAGCAGCAUUAUGGUUGGCGUGAAAAAGUGCUACCCGUCGGACCGAGACGCCCUUGCGCUUGACGAGAAGCCUACGUCGAGCUACUUUGGCGCGCAGACACGACCGAGUCUCGGAUCGCGGGACUUGGAGGUUGACCCGACUGAUACCGACAUCAUGCUGCCUCCGCCGCGCCGACAGGACUUGUGCUCAAGGGUGCUCGGCUAUCUAUUUAAAUGGUGA